CCAUACAACUAUCAACACACAACUACGAUCACCACUUACCAUUGAUCGCACACUACAAUGAAUUCUCUGACAGCUACGGCCCCCCUCAGGGUAGCCAUUCCGAAGGCAAGCCUUCGCUUGACCAUGCGAAGCAAUCCAAGUGUCGUUGCCAUGACUGGUCUCCGGUGCGGUAGUUCGACCCUGGGAAUCAACUACCAUCCGCAAACACACACCAAGCGAUUCAUUUCCACGACACAGAAACAACAGAUCAAGGAGUUCUUCCCGCCUCUGAAGGCUCCUCAUGUCAAAGAAGUGGAGACUGCCUGGGUCCAUCCAGUGUACACGGAGGAGCAGAUGAAGCAGAUCACAGUGGCUCACCGCGAUGCAAAGCUUUGGGCAGAUUGGAUCGCACUUGGAACCGUGCGCGUCCUGCGAUGGGGCAUGGACCUGGUGACGGGCUACCGCCACCCGCCGCCGGGCAAGGAACACGAUGCCAAAUUCCAGAUGACGGAGCAGGCGUGGUUGAGACGGUUCGUCUUCUUGGAGAGUGUGGCUGGUGUCCCCGGCAUGGUUGGGGGGAUGUUGCGACACCUGAGAAGCUUGCGGCGCAUGAAGCGAGAUAACGGAUGGAUCGAAACGUUGCUGGAAGAAGCAUACAACGAGCGGAUGCACCUUCUGACCUUCCUCAAAGUGGCCGAGCCGGGCUGGUUCAUGCGCCUGAUGGUCCUCGGCGCCCAGGGAGUCUUCUUCAACGGCUUUUUCCUGGCUUACCUCAUGUCGCCCCGCAUCUGCCACCGGUUCGUGGGCUACCUCGAGGAGGAGGCGGUGAUCACGUAUACGCGCGCGAUCAAAGAUAUCGAGAACGGCAAGCUGCCUCACUGGGAAAAGCUGGAGGCGCCCGAGAUCGCGGUGCAAUACUGGAAGAUGCCGGAGGGACAGCGGACAAUGCGGGACCUGUUGCUCUAUGUGCGUGCUGACGAAGCCAAGCAUCGCGAGGUCAACCACACCCUGGGGAACCUGAACCACGAGACAGAUCCGAAUCCGUACGCGGCCAAGUACAAGGAUCCAUCCAAGCCCCAUCCCGAUAAGGGCAUUGACAACCUGAAAGCCGUUGGAUGGGAGCGCGAGGAGGUGGUUUAAGGAAAGAAAGACUUGUUUUGCAUCCUUGGUUCACAAUUUAGCUGCACUCGGCUGGACCGGGGUUCUUCAUCACCACGGGCUAAUUAUUCCCUGGAGGAGUGUUGUUUCAUGUUUAGAUACAUGGUGGACGGUGCUGGUUGCUCUCUGCCGGGAGCAUGGUUUGGGAUAAGCAGCGGGCCAGUGGGCACUGUACUGUACUAUCAUGUUGUAAAUAGUUUGACCUCCCCUCACAUCUCAACAUAUCCAAUGUUAAUAACCUCAUGAUGAUGACGAUGAAUCUUAUGGCUUU